AAAGAGACAAGUUCCCUGCUUCUUCUCUUCUCCUUAAACUUUUUCUCAUUUUGGUGUCGUCGUUUUUUUUCCCAUUCUCCAAUCCCACGUGGAGCACCGGAUCUCACCCUUUUCCGGCGAUAACCCACACCCUUUUCCGGCGACUUCACUCUCCCCCCCUUUCAUUCCUCGAUAUGAAUCCCGAGUAUGACUAUCUGUUCAAGCUCCUUCUUAUUGGAGACUCUGGUGUUGGUAAAUCAUGCCUUCUUCUGAGAUUUGCUGAUGAUUCAUACAUUGAGAGCUACAUAAGCACCAUCGGAGUUGAUUUUAAAAUACGCACCGUUGAGCAGGAUGGGAAGACAAUAAAACUACAGAUUUGGGAUACUGCUGGACAAGAACGGUUUAGGACAAUAACCAGCAGCUACUAUCGUGGGGCACAUGGAAUCAUUAUUGUCUAUGAUGUGACAGACGAAGAGAGCUUCAAUAAUGUGAAGCAAUGGCUCAGUGAAAUUGACCGCUAUGCCAGUGAUAACGUUAACAAGCUUUUGGUUGGAAACAAGAGUGAUCUGACAGCAAAUAGAGUUGUCUCAUAUGAUACAGCUAAAGAAUUCGCAGAUCAAAUUGGCAUACCUUUUAUGGAAACAAGUGCAAAAGAUUCUACAAAUGUGGAACAGGCAUUUAUGGCCAUGGCUGCUGCCAUCAAGGAUAGAAUGGCAAGCCAACCAGCCGCAAAUAAUGCAAGGCCUCCAACAGUGCAGAUCAAAGGACAACCAGUUGGGCAGAAAAGUGGGUGUUGUUCUUCCUAACCUGAUGUUAUUCAGAUCCAUUUCACUUGGUCUUCUACUUGCUGAUUGCAUGUAAAAUUUGUUAUUUCACUAGAUAGUGGACCAAUGUCACUUGGUUUGGGAAUUGGCCUAGAUGAUCCCAUUCUUUACAUAUACUUAAAUGGUAUGCUUGUGCUAAAUAGUACUUUUAAUGAUAAAAUCUCUUUUUAUGUUCAUAUAUGUUUUUAUCAAGAUGAUACUAGUAGUUUUCUUUUACUCGAGUGCUUUGAAACGUAUGCCAUCUUGGAACUGUAU